UCCCUUCUUUAACACUUCGCGACUCGUCUCUCAACCACACUUCUCACGAUGUUCACUGUCCUCGCACCUGUCUUCCUCGCCGCCUCCGUGUUGGCUUCACCCGCACUCAUAACGCGCCAGACGCCUGCUGGCUGUCAGAGCUUCCCCACCGACGGUGCUUGGAAUGUAGACAACUUCACCCUCUCUGCCUUGCUCGAGGACGACACCCAGAAGCCUCUUGCUCUCAGCGGCAAUGAUACCACUUUCACGCUUGCCACGACCGAGAGCAUCUCAAGCCCCCAGGGUACCAACUUCACCAUGGUCUCAUCCGCCGUGACCGCUCCUGUUAUGAGCAACAACGACGUCGCGAAAGCCGCAAACACAGUCACGGACGGCGGAUUCUUGACGUUCGCUACGUCACAGGACGACUCGGCGUCUGCUGUUGAUUCAUACUGCGAACUCUAUAACACCGACCCCAAUGGAAGCAUCUACCCCUAUCCCCUCCUCGCUGUCAACGGUUACGCAGACGGUUUCUCCCUCUGCGAUUCUACCAACGACAGCCAGGUCAACGUCGUCUUCAACGCGUCUCAGGAUGCCUCCAGCACCGGUUACGACUACAGCACGUGUGUUCCGGUCCACCUCCUCAUGGUCCAGGACGAACAGUAGAUCGCGGGAUUACGCCAUGAUUUUCAGUUUUGCUUUCGAUUGGCUCGCUUGCUUCAUACGGUCGCGUUCCAGACAUUUUCUGCAGAACUUUCGAACUUUCAAACCUUAGGACCCAUUGCUUUCAGUGUCCGUCCGUCAUACCAUCUUCCACUCUUUUGCGAUCUGUCGUACGAUACUACUUCUCUUUAUUCAUUCUGGACUUCCGUGUUGUUGAAUGUACCAA